CCUGCCAUGAGGGCCUCCGCCGAUGGAGACGACGACGACGGAGCCCCCCGUGCUGCUGAUGCUGCUGCUCUUCGGAUGCCUCGCUUCUCUGCUGCCCGGUGUUGCUGGAAACUGGGACGAUUGGUGGACUUACGAAGGCAUCUCAGGUCCGGACUUCUGGGGACGGCUAAAUCCUGCCUGGAGCCUGUGCAGCACGGGGCGGCGGCAGUCUCCAGUCAACAUAGAACCGCGGCAGCUGCUCUUCGACCCGAACCUCAAGCCGAUUGCGGUUUCAAAUCACAGGGUGGACGGGCUUCUGCAGAACACGGGCCAAGGCAUCGUGUUCCGCCUGUCCGAAGACGACGAACUGGGCGGCGUAAACAUCAGCCUCGGGCCGCUCUCAUACCGGUACCGCGUCUACGAGCUGCGGCUGCAUUUCGGCCGCACCGAAGACCGAGGCUCCGAGCACUCCGUCUCCGGAUUCGUCUUCCCGGCAGAGCUCCAGAUCCUGGGCUACAACUGCGACCUCUACGCCAACGUGUCUGAAGCCAGGCAACGAGCACAGGGCCUCGUCGCAUUAGCAGUUAUCAUUAAGCUACGAGACUCCGCCAACGUAGAACUUCGGCUUCUCACCAGCCAACUGCUGCACCUGGCCUUCAAAGGGUCCCACGUGGCCGUGAAGUCGGUGUCUAUCCGCGACCUGCUUCCUGACACGGACAGUUACAUGACCUACGAGGGUUCGAGCACGACGCCCGGCUGUGAGGAGACGGUCACCUGGAUCCUGAUGAACCGCCCGCUGUACAUGACGCGCCAACAGCUGUUCGCCACGCGGAAGCUAAUGCAGGGUGACGCGUUCCACCCGAAGGCUCCGCUCGGGAACAACUUCAGGCCCACGCAGCCGCUCCAUGGCCGCGUCGUUCGCACCAACAUUGAUAUUAGGAGCGAUGACUGCCCUGGAAUGCAGGUCAAUAAGUUUUACCAAGCGAACCUGGAUCUCCUCAGCCGAUAGCAGCCGUGGGCGGACAGUGACGGACAGAUGGAGCACAACGUCGGGUCCCAUAGAAGAAAACGCCGCCGACGGGAUUCGAUCCUUCGGAGAUUGCGCUCCCUGCGCAACGCAGACACACCCGCCGCCGUGACCUGUACGCGAGGGUGUUCCAGGAAUUGCAACACAGAGCUGACGAUGCAGCGUGCCCUCGCACAAACCAAGUUUGGUUGACCGAAACUGCCCCCAAACACGGAACUGUAUGAGUGCAGUUUUGACUGAUCUCUCGUGAUUUUUCUCGUCACAAUAAUUAGAACACUUUGCAUAACCGCAAUAUGUUUCGUUCGCUUCUGUUGAAAGCAACCAAACGGAGGAUUCCUUGCUGUGAUGAACGUGAGAUGUUGUUACGCUUUAGUUGCGGCGCUAUAUUUGGAGGUGAGAGAAAACCCGGUGUAGCCACGAUUAUCACAUCGGCAGGUUCCGAUGUGUAACCGCGCAACUACAGUUGCGGUCAUUCGCACUGAACCUUCGCUUAUGUGUAUUGCUGAGCUUGCUUACUAAAGCGGAAUGGCAUCGUAAUGACAGAGAGCGUCUCAACGUUGUCACGUAAUCUCGCGGACAGCGUGUUCAGGGGAUAUUUGAUGGACUGAUAGAUUGAUGAGACGCGACCAUUCAAUACAAUGAGUGCGCCCGGUUAAAGCGGGACACAGACAGUUAGAUAUAUUUGCCAGAGAUACUUGUCCUGUAGCCGAUUUAUUAAGGAUGGGUUUGAUGGCGAUGCAGAUCCGGACGACUAUCAUGGUCAUGACUAUAAUGUCGUUUUGCUGUGUCAAUUAUCAUGGCGCAAUUGUGCAACAGCGGCUCCACUUUGCUUGGUGGUGGCAGUGUUUCGUUUUCUGAAGAAACCCACCCAGCUAUGCCGACCUCUCAAGUUCGUGCGUAAGUUAUUUGCAGCAUCCGUGUACGACAUGACGAAAGCGCCGAUAAAGUGACAGUGUCGAUCAUUCUCGCGUAGUAUGUAGUACAAAGGUAACAAAUGUUUCGAUUUCUUCAGCUCUCGACUCAACAACGUCAUCGACAGCCAAAAACAAAGCCGAAGCUUUGUUAAUCGGUUGUCACCGAGUUCAAAAGCUUCUAUAUUUUUCUGAUCGAUAUGCCGACAGAAGCCCCCUAAGAGCAGACGCCGUUAACGCUAGCAGUGUCAGAGCAGAAAAGAGAGACAGAGAGACAAAGAAAAUGAGAUCAGUGUGGUUAACCGGAACAGAAAAUCUAGAUACCUUAAACAGAGGGACAGGGGAGUGGGUGAUGAAAGCGCUGCUAAAAUUCUUAAGGGCGACAAAUCUGCACAGACGGUUUCAGCCUUAAUUACUGUUCAUUCUGUGCCGCGUGAUCCUGUGCUGUGAUCACGUGCGGUGCUUGUGAGCGCACGUGAUCGUGUGCCCUGUGCUCUCUGUCUCUUUCUCUCGCUCUUCGUCUUAUAUUAUACCAGAAAGGUUCAUGUUUCUGUCACAACCAAAAGGAGCUGCGUCAAUGGUGGGCGAUUCAUUCGUAUGAAAUUCCUGCGUAGCUUUUUUGUGCAUUAGGUUUUGAGCACUCAUUGUAAAUUGUAGUAAAAAUGUCGCAGAAGAACUAUUAACUCUUGUUCUCUGUGCCAAAGUCCCGCAAACGGUCAUUUUAUGCUCCUUAACAAAGUACUGUCUCAUCGAGAUCGUUCAUUAUGCUUAGCUAGAGUAGGACACCUCAUGUUCUUCCAGCCCAAAGCAGCAGGUGCACAAACUGCACUGCGUGGAAGCGGGGGACUCGGAGAGCAGAGACGCCGAGAACAGCGAUCACACACAAAGACCAUUCGAACACUCGAGCAGCGAUUUGCGUCAAAUCUCACUCGACAUUCGAAGUUUUAAAACGUGCAAUAGACAGAACAUUCACUCUGUUUCGUCACUUAGAGAUUGACUUGAAAAAAAAAAAGAAAGAGAAGACAGGGCCCAGUUCCCACGCUUUAUUCUUAAGAGCCGCGUUCCUAUUGGAGGGAACGUUUGCAGAUAUUGAUUUGCGCGCAAUAUUUGUGAAAAGUGUGAUGGCUACCACCCGGACAAGCGCUAUUGGUUCUACGUCUCUCAGCGGUACUGUAGCGCUUCUGGAACCACAAGCUCACACUCUUCAUCGAAGCACCACAGAUCAGCUUACAAAGGGCGUUGUGUUACGUAUGCGGCCUGGGCCCAAUGUGAGCUUGAGACUCAUGCUCCGCGCUGUCUACUUUGUCUGCGACGGUGAAUGUUGUUUAUUUUGCCUUCCUGCGAACUCACCCCACGCCCAGUAUCCCUCCUCUUCCGGCACUCCACGGGCAUGUUACAGACAAGAAGCGGGGAGAGCAUUUGUCUCGGUGCUAUGAGGUGAAGCGACCCAGAUUUUCCUGGAGCGAGAUCGGAGUAUUGGAGUUGAGGUAGUAGUUUCGCGAUGGCGGACUUGAUACGAGGUUCGCGUAUUUCGACAAUACCAAAUGAAGGCUCGAGCAUUUGCGUAGUUAUCGUGGCCAACGGCCGGCCUGGCCGAGCAGACGGCAUUUAUAUAUUCGUUUGUAUUGCUAAACAUCCCAAAGCCACACUGAUCCGGAACCACAGGGUUCCGGAUCAGUGUUUACCGCUUGGUAUUCCUUGACGUGCAAUUAAAUCUAAGCACACGAGUGUUCCUCCUUCCGCCCCUAAUGAAAUGAAGCCACCGAGGUUAGCCAUGAUGAAAUUACGGCUGAGCAGAAUAUCGAGAGGCUCAGCUUUGUUGAUCACUAAGAGGCAGACGCAAGUGUUUUAACAACCCUAGAAAUGACAGGAAGUACGCACGCAGACAUCACUUGAAUAUAGACUUGCUCGUGGAAGCACUUGAGGACUUCUUUUUUUUUUUUUUUGAAUUUGACUAUACUGGUCCAUUCACUUUGCGACCUACCGCCUCCAGAGCAACUAUACCAUUCGAAACUAAGUGAGUCAUAUAGAAUUAAUCGCAACGAAUUAAUGAUUACUUUUUUAUGUGCGCCAUGACGUUGCUCCUGGGCAACACUCAGGCACCACGCUCGAGAGGGUAAAUUGGUUUCGACAGUGCCAAAGGGUAAUUUAAUCAGGAUCUCCAAGAAAAGUUGCAUAGGAGUACGAGUACACGCACCGUAAUCUCGUAAUUGCCAUCUAACGAUUCUGCGCUGAUAAGCUAGCUUCGAGACGGUUGGUGCAAGGAGCUACGUGUACGUCCCAAGUCAAGUCACCGUAAUGUCAGGAGAAAUCCAAGUGUCAUUCACUGCUCUCGCGCUGGUUCGACUGCCGUGCUGGCGACUAUCUUAGAUAGUUGCGGCAAAUUUCACCUCAGUAAUUAUUUUAUUAAACUUCGUUUCGGUGUAACCGGCCGCGCGCUCUCCUUACUACGGCUCACGAGUUACCGAACGAGACCACUUAGCCAGUGCUACCCUCUUCGCCUUAGCUCGACCACAACUGUGACGAGUGUGAAUCUACGUGAUCCUCGAAUGAAAACUACCUUGCGCUGAGAAGAAUAGUGUCAAGUGCCAUUCACAAGUUGACUCAAGCGAACGGUAACAGAUGCCACAUAUAUGUUUUUUUUUUUCCCUUAACUUCGCUGCCCUCUUAUGUUCUGGAAAAGCUAAAACGUAACACACAGACCUAAUUCUCUUUUUUUUUUCGAGAGAGAGAGAGAAAGAGAGAGAGAAGACUGUCUCCUCAAGGCAUAUCAAUGUACCAAAUUACUUAAUUCUAACGGUACACCAUCUCACUGACGGUAGGUCUUGACCCGAGAAUGAAACCAAUGAUCGCAUAUCGACAAUGACAUCCUACUAAUGAUGAUUGCGCCUCGUGCGCAGGCUAACAUGGGAGCGAAAUACAGGCAAUUUGCAAGACGUUUCGAACACGAACACAAAAUUAUAUGGUUUCGUCGAUGGAUCUCACAUGAAAGUCCAUUUCGGUAUCCCCUUUCAAAGUACAGAGUGCACCACAUGUUGAAGCUCAAAUCAAGCACACUGAGAAAUCCACUUUUUAUAUUGCUUAUUUUCAUCUUGAAAUUUCCCUGCCUGUGUUCACCACAAUGAGCUAUAUUGAAAUCACUGAUGCAUUUACUAUUCAUUUCAUCCUCAACACUUAUGUGAGGGCAAGUAAAACAAAGUUUGUGCAUAUUGGAAAGAAGCAGCUUCGCUGUGAAGCUGAUCAAUGCUUUCCCUCUCUAUUUUCUUUUUACACCAACUGAGCCCCUCUAAAUAUAAAGAACUCCGUAUCUCUUUUUGCUUGUUGUUGUGUGGUCAGCUUCCUGCUGCCAUUUUCCCAUAUGGUUAGCGAAUAAAAUAAAAACAAAGAAGCGGCCAACUGGUCACGCCGAAGUUGCAGUUUUCUCGCGCUUGCACUGUUAUUCGCGUGAUUGCUCUUACUGGCUCUUGAAUUGCUAUAUCUUACAUGAAUGUGCAAUUCAUAUUGCCUGUACCGAAUAUCGAACACCGCAGUACACGUGUACAAACGCGAAGUGCAAGAACUUGUGUUGAUGAUUUGUCAUGUCGUUGGCUGCAUUGCAACCAUGUAUGGGGGGAAAUUUAGGAAAAAUUAAAAUGAUAUGUAACGGCUCAGGC